UAAAUAAUCAAGCAGCAAACACAUAACGUUUAUAGAAUUUCGUCACUCACAAAGUAUUUCUGUUAGUUCGUUAUUUUGACAUCAGCGGCAAUAGUUGUUCUAUUCUACACGUACUUCAUUGGAUUUCAAUUAUUUUAAAAACUAUUAUGCAUUUUAAAAGUGUUGUUAUUUUCUACGCGGUGUAUUUCUUUACAUCAGUAUGGAGCACCGGACUAAAUAAGGAGCAAAUAGAAAAAUGUAUUUUACUAUACAAAUACCCGUUUAAUAUCCCACACAGUAAGAAGGAGGAUUUUGGAAUUAAAUAUCCGAAUAUUGAUUUUGAAUGGAAAUUUAACCAGCCACGUCAUUUCAAUAUUAAGAAUUUAGUUUUGUCAUUAGCGUAUGAAGGAACAAAAGACAACUUUGAGAAUCCAAUGCUGACGUCCUUUGAAGUAGAUUAUUACGUCAAAAAGUUUUAUGAAUAUACCAUAAACUUAAAACACCCUGGAUGGCUUCCUUUUGCAAAAAUAGAAGAUUUUUUAAGAUCCAUAAACAUAGAAGAAGAACAAUUAGAUAAGGCCAUGGGAAUUAUCCCUUGGUCUGAAAGAGGUUUGGGUUUUGAAUCCGCAGUGGAAUUCUUGUCGGUCAUGAUAGAUAUUCUACCGGAAGGCAAUGGUCUAAGCCAAAGUCAAAUAGAAGAGUUCAUGGAUUUGUAUACAUCACAUAUAAUUGAAGAAACCGGUAGCAUUGAUCCUUUGGAAGUUAAAAAAAUUUUCAAUGGGUUUGGUAUGUUUAUGCCGCGAGAAGAGCAAUUUGAUUUUUACCGGCCCGCUGCAAUAGAGUUGAUGGAGUUGAUGAUCGUUACUGCAGAACGUUCUAGGACAGUUCACAAAAAUGAGAUUGUGUUGAGUACACAAGAGGUCAGAUUAUUGGUAGCUGGUUUUAAAAGAUAUGACACGGACCAUGACGGUCUGCUCUAUGAGAGCCAAGCAAAAAGGUUUCUGGAAGAUUUACUCACUAACAAUCCGCAAUCUUCAAGAACAAACUAUUGUGGAGAAAUUUGCGAGAAACUUCGAUCAAUGGUUGAUUUUUUUUCAAAAAAAAUGAACAUUGCGGAAAUCUUAUUUUUCUACAUAACAAAUAAUACAACUGUUGAAUAAUCAUUAACAUAUUAUUCGAAUUAUUGAAAUGUUUAAAUGUAUUUAUUAAUUAUAAUAUUUGAAAUAUUUUAAUGUCUUAUACCUCUACAAUAAUAAUAUAAUUAUAUGAUUUUUUUUUUGUCACAAUAUGCAAGAAUAAGUAUU